UGACCCAUUAAACUUUAAUGAAACCCGUAAAAGCCCAAAUCAAACCAACUCCCGCCAAAUUCAUAAACCGGCUACACCCGGUUGCCAAACAAGUAUCCAGUCACCACUAUAAAUACCGCCCAAAGCGAAACAUCCAUAAGCACCCAAAGCUGCUGCAUUCUUUCUCUUCUCUUCUCUUCGGUGCAUUUCCUCCAAUUCAUUACAUCCCAAAUCUUGCUUUGUCGUUCAUCUUUCUUCUUCAAAAUUGUCGACUAAAUUCUCUGCUGUUUUGUUCCGUUACAUGAAGUUUGCGCUGCGUUCGAUUCUGUCGGAGGCGAAUUCGAGCAACUCGGAACCGUAGAAAGAUUCCCACACAUGAGUGCGGUGAACAUCACGAACGUUGCCGUUCUGGACAAUCCGGCGUCGUUUUUGUCUCCUUUUCAGUUCGAAAUCUCGUACGAAUGUGUUUCCUCUCUCAAAGACGAUUUGGAAUGGAAACUCAUCUAUGUCGGAUCUGCUGAGGAUGAAACUUACGACCAGCUUUUAGAAAGUGUUCUUGUCGGUCCAGUCAAUGUUGGAAAUUACCGUUUUGUUUUGCAGGCGGACCCUCCAGAUCCUUCCAAGAUUCGCGAGGAAGAUAUCAUAGGCGUGACGGUGCUUUUGUUGACAUGCUCGUACGUAGGUCAAGAAUUUCUUCGAGUGGGCUAUUAUGUCAACAAUGACUAUGACAAUGAACAGCUCAGAGAGGAGCCUCCACAGAAGAUCUUAAUCGACAGGAUUCAAAGAAAUAUAUUAUCCGACAAACCAAGAGUUACCAAAUUUCCAAUUAAUUUUCACCCUGAAAACAGCGAGACUGGAGAACAAGCCCUGCCGCCCGAUCAAGUUGCUGAAGGAGAUGGAGUUGAAGAAGAAAGGCAGCCUUCAACUAAUGAACUCCCACUCGAAGAAGAGAGUAAGAGUGAUGAAACUUGAUAUGUAACUUUUCUUCAUUUUCCGUUGCUUUCGUUAGUUCGAUUCAUGUGCAGUGCCCACCUUGUAGCUGUGUGUUUUACAUUGUCGAUUUAGUUUAGGGCCUGAACGAAGAUUUUCUAUCGAGAUGCACUUGGCGCUGUGUGUCUUGGCUUGUAGUGUUAUGUGUUCGUAUAUGGCCUUGAUUUCUAACGGUGCUACAAGAAAUAUUUUGGCAGCUUUUAAUUGUUUCAAACCAUAAGAUACACUCAAUCCACUUGUUUUCUAGUGUUCAA